CAAGCGCUACUCUCGUAGUGGGUUCGUCUGUCACAUGACAAGCUCUCAGAGAUGGUGGACGGUCCUCGUUUAGAAAUAUGAAAUGGACCGAAAACAAACUACUCCAAAAAGUGGAACCUAGCCUUGGUUUACAUCGGACAUAAAAGAUUAACCAUCUUACUCUUCCUCCCAAAGUUGCUUGUUACCUAACCUGUUGGCUCCAUUGAUGGCUUCACGAUGAAGGCCCAACUUCAGAUUAUCAUUCUCUCUGCGAAGCUGAAGGAAAACAAGAAGAACUGGUUUGGGCCGAGUCCCUAUGUCGAGGUGGCUGUGGACGGCCAAUCCAAGAAGACAGAGAAAUGCACCAACACCCUCAGCCCCAAAUGGAAACAGCCCAUCACUGUAAUUGUUACACCCUUCAGCAAGCUUAUCUUUCGGGUUUGGAGUCACCAAACUCUGAAGGCAGAUAUUCUUCUGGGCAUGGCCACUCUGGAAGUCAGUGAAACGCUGAAGUCGAACGAUAUGAAAAUCAGCGAGGUGGUGCAGACACUGCAGCUGUGCACGGACAGGGACCAGGCAGACAUAGUGGGGGAUCUUUCUGUCUGCCUGGACGGCAUGCAGGUGGACCCAGAGACCUUCGCCGCCGAGGAACAGAACCGCGAAGUGUCUCUUCCAAAUGGGGAUUUGAGACCAAAUAGAGAUCCUGAGAGGCCCAGCAGAGGCUCCUCUCCUGCCAGUGACAUCACUGAUGACCCCCCGGCUCUCCCCAACGGCCACGCUGUCAACGGUACGAGCUCUCCCUCCCUGUCUGCAGGGGCCUCCAGGCCGCCGCGACCUCCCAGACCUCUCCGCCCACCCCCUCCUCGCAGACCCACCUCCUCCCCAGCCUCCUCUAACGGCUCCACCCCGAGCCAUGGCAGCAGCGCCGCCAGCCCGGAGCCCAACCCCAGCCCGCAGGUCAACGGCACCACGGACAGCCAGAGCUCCGCACCCCCCCCCAUCUCAGCCCCCGGGGCGAGCCCCGCUCCCAACCCGAACACCGGCGCACCCCCCGGUGCCCCCUCCAGAGUCAGCCCCAUCAACACUGGGCCUCUUCCCCCCGGCUGGGAGCAGAGAGUGGACGCGACUGGCCGCAUGUAUUUUGUGGAUCACCUGGAGAAGCGGACCACAUGGGAGAGACCCGAUCCUUUGCCACCUGGACCUUCGGAUGAAAGCAUUGAGGUCCUGCCGUCUUCUUGCAGGUGGGAGCGGCGCGCGGACCCCCUGGGCCGGGUCUACUACGUGGACCACAUCAGCCGCACCACCACCUGGCAGCGGCCCACGGCAGAGUCGGUGCGUAACUACGAAGAGUGGCAGAGCCAGCGCAGCCAGCUGCAGGGCGCCAUGCAGCAGUUCAACCAGAGGUUCAUCUACGGGCUUCAGGAACAGCUUGCACCCGCUGCCAAUAAAGAGUUUGACCCUCUGGGGCCUCUACCGCAGGGAUGGGAGAAGAGAACGGACAGCAAUGGUAGAAUGUACUUUGUGCAUCACCCUACCCGGUCGACGCAAUGGGAGGACCCUCGCACGCAAGGGCUGCUGAAUGAGAAGCCCCUGCCGGAGGGCUGGGAGAUGAGGUUCACGGUGGAUGGCAUCCCUUACUUUGUGGACCACAACCGUCGGGCCACCACCUAUAUAGACCCUCGUACUGGCAAAUCGUCUCUGGAAAAUGGUCCCCAGAUUACCUACGUGCGAGACUUCAAAGCCAAAGUGCACUACUUCAGAUUCUGGUGUCAGCAACUUUCCAUGCCCCAGCACAUCAAGAUUCAUGUGAGUCGCAAGACUUUGUUUGAAGACUCGUUUCAGCAGAUCAUGAGUUUUCACCCUCAAGACCUGCGGAGGAGACUCUGGGUCAUCUUCCCCGGGGAAGAGGGGCUGGACUACGGAGGAGUGGCCAGGGAGUGGUUCUUCCUGUUGUCCCAUGAGGUGUUGAAUCCCAUGUACUGUCUGUUUGAGUACGCUGGGAAAGACAACUACUGCCUGCAGAUAAACCCCGCCUCCUCCAUCAACCCUGAUCACCUCAAGUACUUCAAGUUCAUCGGCCGAUUCAUCGCCAUGGCCCUUUUUCAUGGUAAAUUCAUUGACACGGGGUUCUCGCUGCCCUUCUACAAACGGAUCCUCAGCAAGCCACUGGGCCUAAAGGAUUUGGAGUCGAUCGACCCGGAGUUCUACAACUCCCUCAUUUGGAUCAGGGACAACAACAUUGAGGAGUGUGGUCUGGAGAUGUAUUUCUCGGUGGAUAAGGAGAUCCUGGGCGAAGUCACCACUCACGAGCUCAAGCCCGACGGAGGGAAUGUUCUGGUGACGGAGGAGAAUAAGGAGGAGUACAUUAGGAUGGUGGCUGAGUGGCGUCUGUCCCGUGGCGUGGAGGAACAGACCCAAUCCUUCUUUGAUGGCUUUAAUGAAGUGCUCCCUCAACAGUACCUGCAGCUCUUCGAUGCCAAAGAGCUUGAGGUGAUGCUGUGUGGGAUGCAGGAGAUUGACAUGGCCGACUGGCAGAGGAACACCAUCUACAGACAUUAUGCCCGCAGCAGCAAACAGAUCCUCUGGUUCUGGCAGUGUGUGAAGGACAUGGACAAUGAGAAGAGGAUGCGACUGCUGCAGUUUGUGACGGGCACCUGUCGUCUUCCUGUGGGAGGCUUCGCCGACCUUAUGGGGAGCAAUGGUCCACAGAAGUUCUGCGUUGAGAAAGUAGGAAAAGAGAAUUGGCUUCCGCGAAGUCACACUUGCUUUAACCGUUUGGAUUUGCCACCUUACAAGAGCUACGAACAGCUGAAAGAAAAGCUGAUGUUUGCCAUCGAGGAGACGGAAGGCUUUGGGCAGGAGUAAAAUACACACACACACACACAGACACACACACACACACAGAAACACACACACACAGAUGCCCUUCUUUUGAGCCUGGAAACCCUUGGGAGAAGUCUGUCUGUGAAAAUCAACUGAAAGAGACACAAAGACGAGUGAGUGAAUGUGUGUGUGAGAGUGAGAGUGAGUGAGAAUGAGCACGUGAAUUCACCUUACCCCACCAUCUGACCUUCAAGACAUUCACUGAUCCCCCAGCCCCAGUAAGUCCAAUAGUCCACCCCCUUACUUUCAGCGCUGCAUGGGGUUGUCUAUCUAUGCACAGACGUUCCACCCCCACGAACGGGUCUCCCACAGCCCCCCCCCCCAUGAACGAGCCGCUGGACCCUGGCCUGGUGCUGCAGCAGAAACCACGUCCUCAUGCUACGGUCUCCAUCUCAAAUGGCACGUUUGCUCCCCACUCCCUCAUCCCCAAACUUUUUCCAGAAUGUUCUCCAGAGGAGCAUGGAGUAUAGAUGAACAGGUCUGUGGAUGUAUACAAGUAGCUUGAUGAUAUCUCUCAGCAUAAUAUUUUCUAAGAAAAAAAAGGGGGGGGGGGGUCAGGGCAGGUGGUGAUGUGUUGUGUUGUAAGAUCUGACGAGACGAUCCAUGUGAAGCGGCUAAUAACAAAAACAGGCAAAAACAGAUCAGUGUCAAUUACAUAAGUACAGCUUUGGUAAUUUAAAAAAAAAUAAUAAUAAAAAAAUAAACAUUAUCAGAAAGGAUUCAGCAAGGGAUUCUGUCCAGCCUGAAGAGUGCUACCAAAAGCUCAAGGAUGACCAUUGCUGCACAAAGACAGCCCAAACGACCAGGUCAGUAAUGUCCCAAAAACAUCCCUGGCUGCAUCACUCUUUAAGUGCUGCGUUAAGAGCAGGAGAGAGCAGCUGCCAAUUUUCGUCUGACUGACAGCAUUUAUCUGGGUUACCAAGCCCUGGAAAGAGCCCAGACAAAUUCUUUUUAAGUUGUUUUGAAUCUGACACACUGUUUUUUUUUUUUUGUUUUUUUUUUAAUUAUUAUAAUUAUUUUUUUUUAGAAAUAAUGGUGGAAGAGAGUGUUGUUCUUUUAUGAAGAGAGUAAUGACAGAUCACCUAUGACGUGGGAAACUGGUUUGUCAAAAUAAUUAAAUUCCAUGAAUUAUUUAAAAAAAUAUUCAAUCUGCACAUCACGUAAAUUGUUCCCACUGAAUGGUAUCUUAUUGAAAGAUAGACCUGAAUAAAAUGCAAAGUUCUGUCAUCUAUUUAAUGCUUCAAUGUGAAAGCAGAAAUGGUGAAGUUUGGCUUACUUGGCUCAUACCUUUAACUGUAUCACUGUGACUAUUCCUUUUAAGAAUAAAUAUCAUGUAAAAUGGCUGACAAACACUUUAAAAAUGGAUAGCUUCAAAGGAAGCACAUACUUUGUACAGUACACUGUUGAUGUGAGUGUGUGUGUGGUAAGCUUUGAUAUAUUUGCAAUUGGAAAAAAUGAUUUGCUCAAGAAAAUAACUUCGCUUUCAGUUACUGUCUGAGUUCAGUAUGUACAACAUCUCACCUUGAUUUAGUUUUUUUUUCCUUUCUUGAAGGGGUUUUUCUAUGGAUGAGAUUUCUUAUUUUCUAUGCAAACAUUUGAACAGAUUCAUAGUGAUCCACCUUCAUUCAAUGUAUAAAAAGGUGCUUAACUCCACACAGGCAAGACUGGGCAGAGUGAAUGGAGACUCUGCCAAGUGAAUAUAUUGCUCGGCCAGUUUUGACCUUUGAUUGUUUCCAGACACGUGGAAGUGAAGUGAAUCUACAUCCCUGUUCCUGGUCACAAAUAAGUGGGGAUAAAGCCGGAGAAAGCUGAGAAACACUGGAUCAGAGUUUGUUAGGUGAUGAAUAAAUGAAUAAAUAAAUAGAAAGGACAAAACAGAUUUUGCAACCUCCUUCCAUACAGGAAAUGGCUUUGUUUUUUUUACUUGCAGCACAUCACCCUUUUUUCUUUUCUUUUUUUUUUUCCUUGUUUUUUUUUUUCAUCUUGAACUUUUGUAGGGUUCACUAUGAGGAGCCAUUUCCAAGGCAUGCUGUAACAGUCCUGUGUGAUAUCUGAUUCUAAUAUAACGCACUUAACAACAAGAUGCAUCUCAAAAUGUGUAUGUUCAAUAUUCUGUGUAUUCUGAAAGCUCUAACUGUGAACAUCUGAUAGAACAUGAAUUUACUGAUAAUUAACACCUAUUUUGACAUUUCCUGAUAUAAAGCCUACAUACAUGUACCCUCUCUCUGACAGUAUUUGAUAUUCGGCCAGAAGUUCAGCUGUCUUCAGCUGACCUCAACCAUGCCCCUUUGAAUGCAGUGUAUACAGUGCGCUGUACUGAAGUUUAAAGGGUCUAAGUAAACAUCGGACAGUUAGUCUCUGUCAGCUGUAGUAUGACACGUAUGCAGGCUUCACAGAAAGUACAUUCAGUGAUCCUCACCACUGCUCGUAUUGCAUAUGUUUGGCUCUAUUGCUGUAGGUGAUUUUAGGUUGUAUCCAGUAUGGUCUUGCCCAGAGUUGCAGCACUACUGUAGUGCAAGUCAUCAUGACAACUGUGGACUUUAUCAUUGGGCCACUGGUAGACAUUAGCAUAGAGUGCUUUAUUCUCUACCAUGGGCUGACUGUUUUUAAUGCACAUGUAAAAUAAUGUAACAACUGCAUAAUUCUAGCACAGACAAAAGGUCAUAAAAAAGGACGCUUUGGAGAUUCUUUCUAAAAUUAAUUUUCCUUCAUAUUGCCAUGUCUUAAAUCCUAGAGAAGGUGAAAUAGUGUAAAAAUGACUAUCACUAAUUUAUUUUUCCUAUUUAACACAUUGUAAAUCGUGUAAUAGUACAUUUAAUACAUUCAAACCAUGUUUUAAAAUACCUAAUCUUUUAAUAAAUUGGGGAUGGGAAAUUAUCUCAAAGCUAUUUAUUUUUCCUAUGUGUACAUGUACAGAAAAAUAUACAUGUGAAACUGUCCAUUCAGAACUUUGAGAAAUAAAAAGGAUUGGUUCGUGA